CUCCAUUGUCCCGCCAUUCUGUUGAUCCACCUUAUGCCUCCCUUUGGAUCAUGAUUAUACUGUCCCUCGUGGAUCUCGUCCACAUCUCUCAGUGAUCCCUCCACUCUUGUCCUCCCCCCUCUCCCUCCCCCCCGCAACAAACAAACAUCCCCCGGUUAUAGCCCGAUGCUGGCGUAGCGGAUCUCCUCUUCCCUCUCGCCUCCUAUUCCAUUCUCACCGCUUCCACGGUCCAAUCCACCAUGAUGCAGUGGACCUCCAUCGUGCAGAAAGCCCAGUCUUUCAUCGACCCUGCCAACUUCACCCUUCCGUCCCUCUCCACCUCCGAUCGCAAUCCGUCCAAGGCGUCCCUCUUUCGUCAGCAAUUCCGCCUGCCAGACUCCCAGAAUCCCCUGCAGGAGAUCACCGCCGAUUUGAUCCUGCCGGUCCCGCAUACCGCAGAACAGUCGCGUCCCCGCCCGGGCAACCGGUACACCGGUCGCCUGCACCUCUCCGAGCGCUUCAUUUGCUUCUCCACCCAGCCGACGAGCUUCCUGCCCGGUGCCACGCACGCACAUUCGACCCACUGGGCGGGCCCCACCAAUGGCGCAGGUCCGGCGGGCAAUGGCUUUACCAUCCCGCUGUCCGCCAUCCGCCGCGUGGAGCGCCUCAACAGCGUUAGCCAUGUCUUCUCCCUCGCCCUGACCACCUGGAACGGCGCCCUGGGCAAGCAGCCCGCCGGCGUCUUCGUGCCCCAGCGCUUCACCUUGCAGUUGGAUGGAAGCAGGCAGGCCUGCGAACGCUUCUGUGACGGAUUGAAGAAGGGUCUGCGCGAGGGCAUGAAGGAGAUUGAGAAUCUGCGCGUGGUGGUGAACGACUGCUAUUCCGAAUUUCUCGUGACAGCCGUGAAAUCCAAGGACCAGUCGGGGGAAAACGCCGAGAGCCGCCCGCCCCCGGAUGCGGGGCUGGGUAUGUUGUUUCGCUAUCCUGGGGAUGCGCGCAAACUUCGCGAUCGGAGCAAGAUGCGUCUCUGGGGGGAAUAUUUUCGAGAGAACGGCCGCAAUGCGACGCUCAUUCGGCAACCCACCUUUCACAAGCUGAUCCGAGUCGGCCUGCCGAAUCGCCUCCGCGGCGAGGUCUGGGAGAUCAGCUCGGGAUCCCUUUACUUGCGCCUGCGGUCCCCCCGGCUCUACACCGACACCCUGUCCAAGUUUUCCGGACAGGAAUCCCUGGCCAUCGACGAGAUUGAGAAGGACCUGAACCGCAGUCUGCCCGAGUAUGCUGGCUUCCAGAGCGAGGAGGGCAUCGGCCGCCUGCGCCGCGUCCUCACGGCCUACAGCUGGACCAACGCCGAGAUCGGCUACUGUCAGGCCAUGAACAUCGUCGUGGCCGCCCUGCUGAUCUACAUGUCCGAGGCCCAGGCCUUCUUCCUCCUCUCCGUCCUGUGCGACCGGCUGCUGCCGGGCUACUACUCCACCACGAUGUACGGCACCCUCCUCGACCAGAAGGUGUUCGAGUCGCUCGUCGAGCGCACCAUGCCCGUCCUAUGGGACCACCUCAACAAGACCGACGUCCAGCUCUCCGUCGUCUCGCUGCCCUGGUUCCUCUCCCUCUACAUCAACUCCAUGCCCCUCGUCUUCGCCUUCCGCGUGCUCGACGUCUUCUUCCUCGAGGGGCCGAAGGUGCUCUUCCAGGUCGGCCUGGCCAUCCUGCGCGUCAACGGCGAGGAGCUGCUGGAGGUCCAGGACGACGGCUCCUUCAUCUCCGUCCUCAAGUCGUACUUCUCGCGCCUUGACGAGUCCGCCCACCCACGCUCCGAGAACCCCAAGCUACGCGCGAUCACCCGCUUCCAGGAACUCAUGGUCGUCGCGUUCAAGGAGUUCGCCGGCAUCACCCACGCCACCGUCAUCGAGGAGCGCGACAAGCACAAGGACGCCGUCCUCGACAACAUCGAGAGUUUUGCCAAGCGCACCUCUAUCCGGAACCUGGGUCCCGACAGCAAGAAGCUGAGCAUGGACGACCUCGGCGUCAUCUAUGACCGCUUCUACGAGGUCCUCUACGACCGCCUGCAGCGUGAGCGCGUCCGGGAAGAGGAGCUGCGUCGCCUGGAGAAGCGCCGCGCCGAGCGCACCUCCACCCUAGGCCCGCCCGCCGACCACGAGGUCGGCCGCGUCGGUCUGGGUCCCAGCCCCUCGCACAUGGACUACGAGGGCUUCCGCGAAUUCCUCGCCGCCACGGCCAAGUGGGCCUUAGGUGACUCCCCCGGGCCCUCGCGCUCCCCCUCGGGCGCAAGCUCGGGUGCCGCCGGCUGGCGGGGUUUCGGCCGCUCGCCGUCCCCCGGCCGGCCCGCGCCCGCCGACCACGAGUUCAUGCGGCGGCUGUAUCGCAAGUGGGCGACCGACCCGGACGAGGGUCUCAGCCUCCAGAACGUGGUUCAUGGCUUGGCGCGCCUCAAGGGCCCGCGCGACAUCAUGAAUAACAUCCAGUACUUCUUCACACUGUACGACGACCGCGGCAACGGCACCGUCGACCGCGAGGGCAUCUUGCGCAUGUCCGAGGCCCUGCUGUUCCUCUCCCGCCGUGGCUUCGAUGGGACCAUCACGCCGACGCAGACGCUGGACGAGUUCGGCCACCCCGACCGCGACGCCCAGCCAUCCGAGCCUCUGAGCACGGACGAGCGUUUCCUAGGGAGCGUCAGCGCCUUCAUCCGCCGGUGCUUCGAGUACGCCGACCCCAGCACCCCGGGGGGCUCCCCCGGGGCCAGCCCUAGCAUCCCCGCCGACGAGACAGCCGACAAGCUGGCGUCCGUCCGCAUUGGCGACGACGACGACGGCUCGGGAGAUCUUUUGGACGUCGGGGACGAGGCCACGCCGGUCCACCACCGCAAGGCGUCCGAAUCCGCCAACCCGGCGCUCGACCCCAACAACCCCCUGCACAUCACGCUACCGACCUUCCGCAUGGUCAUCCUGGCCGACGAGCUGCUGGAGCAGUUCUUUGACGCGUUCUUCCCGCGGUCGUUCCGCCUGUCGGUCGACUCGCACCCGGCCGUCACCGCCGCCUCGACGCUGUCGCGCCUCCGUCGGGGCGCCUCGGGCGGCAUCGUGCCCCCAGGUCGCGGUCUCCGCGGCGUGCUGGACAACAUCGUCACGGACGGCAUUCGCAUGGCCGCGGAAGUCAAGAAGCGCAUGGACGAGGCGCAGCGCGACAUGGAGCGCAACGCAGUCGCUCGGGGCGACGACGACGAAGACGAAGACGAUGAAGACGAGUCGGCGCCCCUCACGACCCCAUCGGCCUCCACCCCCACCACCGUCGGCGGCAUGUCCAACUGGGGUGCCGGCGCUUACGAAGCCGACCGCGACCUCCUCGAGGGCGCCGAGGUCCUCAGCGUUCGCGAGAAAGAUGCCGCUUCCCUGCUGGAUGAAUCCCCGGAGGGCGGGUUGGGAAACGGGUCCAGGGAGUCGAAACAGUCUCCGUCGAGCGACGAGAAUCGUCGUCCGGGCUCGUCUUCCCCACAUAAUUCCCACGCAACCGAUAAGGACGAACACGUCGUCAGUAAGGUGGAGUUCGACUCGUAG